AUGUGGCCGAUGAAACUAGAUAUGACUCGAGAGGAAUGCCGUGGUGUUCUUAGGCGGCUAGAGCUUGAAUCAUAUGGCACGGUGAUAAGCACAUUUCGAGCACAGGGCUGUCUCAGCAAGGAGAAGCAGCGGAUGCUGGAAGAAUUAAGACGAGUACUACAUAUAUCUACUGACCGGCAUCGAGCAGAGGCAAGGCGUGUUGCGAAUGAUGAACGAUUGACUACAGUUGCAGAAGUCAUUUCUGGGCCAAACAGUGCCCAAGACUGGCGUCGUGAAGGGCAUCGACAAUUUCCCAUUUUGCCUCGAGGAAUUCCUCACACCGCAUUAACAUAUAUUGCGAAUACUGUGUAUGAGCAAUUAACCCGGGCGAACUGUAAGCUACCACAUCCUGCCGAAACAUCUUCAGACCGGUUAAGAAAGGCAGAAGAAGAAAUAUUUGAUCUGGUGCGAAAAGAACUAUCGUUGUUUGAAAAUGGAUUCAAACGCGAUGCCGCCGUAGUUACUUCCGAUCCGUUUCAGGAUAUAAUGACAAAAAGUUACAUAAACAGGGAGGUAAAAAGAGCAGAACCAGCCAAGCCAGAAGAAUCUGAAAGUAUAACAUCUGCUAAGAAAGAAAAUUCCAACGAAAACGUGGAGAAAAUAUCUGAUAAUCCUCCUCCGCAAGUACCCGAUCAGCCAUCCCUAUGUGAUAUACUAUUGAAUAACACAAUUCGCCCUGAUAACAUGAGCAAACCUAAAACUAAUAACAUAGACAAGAUCAAAAGAUCUGGGGAACGUUCUUCAAGGAAAAAGACACAAUCCGUUAAGCGAGCUUGGAAAUCAAAAUCUCCCUAUCCACCUGCCAAAAUGUCCAAGCACAGUUCUGCGAAAAGUUUAAAACAAUCCCCUAGGAAUAGCUUACACAGUCCGCAUUUGAUUCAUUCGUAUGCUGUACCCUUCGACAGUAAAGCUGUCUCUAACGGUUGCUCUACCGCAGAACCCUUACAAUUGCAGCAGCAUCUUACAUCUGGCAUCAUAAAAUCUCAUCAACACAACUCCUCUAGUAGUUUUGUUGCACCAUUGGGGCACCAACAAGGAAUUCUGCCUUCGUCAAAGAAAGACAUUCAAUAUAACUUGUCCAAAUUGAAUCCGACUAGCAAUUUGCCGCUCAAGGGGGGCAAUUUGAAUAUUCCCAUGAAGGGAAUCAGUUUCUUUUCGCACGGAAAGCAUUUACCACAGCAUCUGUUAAACUAUCAAAAGAAAUCUCCCAGCAAGAACAUUCUCAUUCCGACAUCAACAGCAGCUGCUACAUUGGCUAGUUUGGGUUUGCCGAAACCGCUGCAUCCGCCUCAAACGGAUCCGGAAACAAACAGUUGGAUAAGCUCCAAAAACCGCGAUGCUAGCACUAGAAACAUCAAAAGGCAAACACAGCAACACGACUCGUGCAAUGUUAAUGUUAUACCCACGGUUCCCGCUAUCACGGUGUCGGCCGAUAAUGUGAAUGCGUGUUCCGAUGCCUCAAACGCUGACGUACCGAGCACAGAUUUAAAGCAUGAACAAACGCACGGGGAUACAUUUGGCAAAAUGAUUUCGUGUACCGAUAGCGUAGCUGAUCAGGUUCAAAAUAUCGACUCCACUGCAAGGACAAGCCUGAUGACGAACCAUACAACAAAACCAUCAAUAGUAUGUAAUAUCUCGUCCGCAAAACAACCGAAUCUUGCCGGAUUCACUGUCGUCAAAAGUGGAAACAAGCUUUCGGUGCACAAAGCACAACUGCUGCCGCUUGGUACUCCCGUUACUGCUGUGUCGCAAAACGCAUCUUCAACACCACCAGUGCAAAAAAAUAAUGUAAUUAUUUUACCAAAACCAUCGACCACAUCGGGAAUGUUAAAUCUUGGACAAAAGAUCACCAUUCCUAAGAGUAUUGAUUCUUCAGCUUCAUCGUCAGCUGUCAACAGUCCUCCCAAGGUAAUAGUGCAAACCGUUCCUAACAUCUUCAACGUGUCUUCGUUUGAAAUGAACUUGCAUCAGAAAGCAACCUCUCCGACAUCGAAGUUCGGAGUAGGGAACGAGAUGGUUGUUAAUACUCAAUCGUCAUCAGCACCAAUGGAGCAAACUGAGGAACAAAUUGAAGUUGUUGAUGGUUUGUUACCCUCUAGAGCACCUGUGGAACAGCCAGUCCCCGGCAAGCUACCCAGUUCUAGUGUUUCCACUGUUUCUGGCGAAAAUACGCCUAUACGAAAAAUAAAAAUUUCUCCAAGUCAACUGAUUCCGUUCAAAGGUACAUUGUAUACGAAGGCGAUACAGCCGACGGAGUCAAGCGGGAUGAAUUUUGGAGCGAAAAAGGUAAAAAUAGAACUCGGUAAUAUAUCAAAACACACGGCUGGAGCGGCUGCAGCACGAGGAACAGACUGGGAGCACGAAUUAGAUCGUACAAACUCCUCACAUGCUUCUCAUGUAGAGACAGCGUCAAACGAACAGCCGAGUUCGAAAAAUGAUUCAAUAUCAAGUAAUAUUGCGACUAGUGAAAAUCUUACUGCCUCCGUAGCGUUGGAUCAAAAAGUGGACCCACAAUCCAGCGUGAUGGUGCAAGAUACUUGCACCACGCUACCAGUUGCUACACCGACCCAAACUAUGCAAGAGAAACUAGAAAUCACGGUAGAGAAGCAGCUGAUAAAUGACGAUAGUAAAAGCUCCCAUUCAUGUUUAUCACCAAGUCACGGGGCUGGUGAUGCGAUUUCACAUGGCGAGUAUGAUAUCAUUUCUACGGAACGUGGGGACGAUUCUUCCGUUACGGAUUCCGCCGCUGGUGAGGACGAUCUUGAAGACGAACCCAAUAGGAUAGAGGAAGACGAUGGCAUUGAAGAGGAUGAUUACGACGAAGAGCAUACGGUUGAUGUUGAAAUAGACUCCGAAGCCAUUAUUAUCGAAGAGGUGAACCAGUCGAAUUACGAUACUCUCAUAGAGGAAGUGUCGGAGGAGGACCACUUCACGGAAGAAGCUCAAGAGGAACGAAUGGAAUUUAUUAGCGUUGGCUAUGGUACCACACGUGAGCUCGUUGCGGAACUAGAAAGCACAUCUAAUCAAAUAAAUGCAGAUCAUCCAGCCAUCAACGGCGUGGUGCGAGAGAAUCUUCUCUCAGACAUCCAGUAUCACGAAUGCUCCGAAGAAAUUGAAACAGUUGAAAAUGGGGAAAUGCAUGAAGAAUCCUUUGAGGAAUCAACUGAUAUUGUAUGCGAUUUGCUAGAAAUGGACGCAGACGGUAAAUAUCAUGCGUUGUCAUUCUCUUAUGAACAAGUAGUGUCCGGAGAGAUUGGUUCAAUGCCAAAAAGAACUAAACGGGCGCAAAAGGUUAAGCCGUCGGUGUAA